AUGAAAACGUUAACUUUAUGUUUAAAAAUUACUACGUUCCUUCUUUUAAUUUUGUUGUAUCAAUGUUUUUAUAAGUGUGAUUCCUAUAAAACCUUGAUUGAUAAAAAUAUAUUGCAAACAAAAAAUAAGUUAAAAUAUGAAAGAGUAUUAACAGAGGGUAACAUAGAAGGAAAAAAGCAAACUUACGCUGAAGGAUGCCUAGAAGAAUCUCCAUUAGAUAAUAAAAAAAACAAAUGUAAAAAUCAGGAUAAAUACAAGGAUCCGUCUAAUUAUUGGAAUAAGGUCAUUAUUCCACAAAUGUGGAAAAGAUUUGAUCAAGAAACAAGUGGAAUGGACCCUAAAUUGAAAGAAAAAAAAUGGAAUGUUGAAUUGCAUAAAUUUUCAAAUACGAAAGUUAGAGAUAUGCAUUUAAUAUCUCGUCGAUGUGAUUUUUCAGAUGAAGAAAAAAAACAAAAAAUUGAUAGUAUUAUGAGAGAACUUCACUCAGAAUUUGAGAAAUUUUUAUGCAAAUAUAAGAAAGGGAUGACAGACAAUAAAGCAGAAUCCGAAUCAAAGAAAGGGAUGACAGACAAUAAAACAGAAUCCGAAUCUAAGAAAGGGAUGACAGACAAUAAAACAGAAUCCGAAUCUAAGAAAGAGCUGAGAGACAAUAAAACAGAAUGUGAAUCUAAUAAAGAGAUGAGAGACAAAAAAACAGAAUCCGAAUCUAAGAAAGAGAUGACAGACAAUAAAACAGAAUGUGAAUCUAAUAAAGAGAUGAAAGACAAUAAAACAGAAUCCGAAUCUAAGAGAGAUCAGGGAAAAAAUAAAAAAAAAAAUGAGAAAUCAAAUAUUUUCAAAUUUCUUUUUUGUAGGUUUGAUAACCAUUAA